GUAGAUUAGAACGCGGUAAUAUCGCGAGGCGCGAAUAAUUCAGAUUUCCUUCCGAUCACGUGAUGCCGAAUCUCUGGCACUCACGUUGACUCCCGCGUUGCGUUGCCGGGGCGCCGGCUGUGAUCUGUGCGUCACGAAGGCCUCAGACCUAAAAGGUACAUGAAAAAAUGGCAGCUGUUAGCCCAAAGGAGAUUGGAAUUUUAUCAAGUGUCAUAUUUUUAUGUUAUUGGAAUAGUCUUUUCUGCGGGUUUGUUUUUGACGAUGUAUCAGCUAUUCUGGACAAUAAAGAUUUACACCCAUCAACUCCCUUAAAAAAACUUUUUCAAGAUGACUUCUGGGGAACACCGAUGUCUGAGGAGAGGAGCCAUAAAUCGUAUCGUCCCCUUACAGUUCUGACAUUCCGUUUGAACUAUCUGUUCAGUGAGUUGAAUGCUGUCUCUUAUCAUUUUCUCAACGUGGUUCUACAUGCUGUUGUAUGUGUAGUUUUUCUCAAAGUCUGCAGACUUUACAUGGACACCAAAAUCAGUCUUCUGGCCGCUUUGCUGUUUGCUGUGCAUCCUAUUCAUACAGAGGCAGUUACAGGUGUUGUCGGAAGAGCUGAGCUUCUCUCCUCUAUUUUCCUGUUGGCUGCGUUUUUGUCUUACACAAAAUCAAAAGGUCCUGACAAUUCUAUAGUUUGGACCCCAAUUGCAGUUGCAGUUUCUCUUGUUGCUGUUGCCACACUCUGCAAAGAGCAGGGAAUCACUGUUGUGGGGAUUUGCUGUGUCUAUGAAGUCUUCAUUGCUCAAGGGUAUACUCUUCCAGUGCUGUGGGAUACAACAAUGCAGAUUCUGAUGGGCAAAGGCAGCAUUCCAUAUUCCAUGCUUCAGACUUUGCUUAAGCUUGUUGUUUUGAUGUUCAGCACACUUCUGCUUGUUGUUGUACGAGUUCAGGUCAUUCAGUCACAGCUUCCAGUAUUUACAAGGUUUGAUAAUCCUGCAGCAGUAAGCACAACACCAGCAAGACAAUUAACAUUUAACUACUUACUUCCUGUGAAUGCCUGGCUUCUCCUAAAUCCCUCAGAAUUGUGCUGUGAUUGGACAAUGGGAACAAUCCCUUUGAUAGAAUCUGUUCUGGAUAUCCGCAACUUGGCCACACUGCUGUUCUAUCUACUCCUGGGUUACUUUAUCGUUUUUAGUGUUCGAUAUUCGGGAGAUUCUUCAAAAACUGUGCUUAUGGCACUUUGUCUUAUAAUACUGCCUUUCAUCCCUGCAUCGAACCUUUUUUUUCCUGUGGGAUUUGUAGUUGCAGAGCGAGUUUUGUAUGUCCCUAGUAUGGGAUUUUGCAUGCUUGUAGCACAUGGCUGGAAGAAAUUCUCAAGCAAAGGCAGGUUGAAAAAGCUAUCUUGGAUAUUUUUGGCUUUGGUGCUGUUUACUCAUGCAAUUAAAACAUUUAACAGGAAUUGGGAUUGGGAGUCUGAAUAUACACUGUUCAUGUCCGCUUUGAAGGUUAACAAAAAUAAUGCCAAGCUAUGGAAUAAUGUGGGCCAUGCUUUAGAAAAUGAGAAAAAUUAUGAAAGAGCAUUAAGAUUUUUUAAGAAGGCUACUGAAGUACAACCAGAUGAUAUUGGUGCCCACAUGAAUGUAGGAAGAACAUAUAAAAACUUGAACCGAAGUAAAGAAGCAGAGGAGUCCUAUUUGAUUGCUAAAGCACUAAUGCCACAGGUCAUACCAGGAAAGAAAUAUGCAGCACGAGUGGCUCCUAAUCACCUCAAUGUAUAUAUAAAUCUCGCAAACUUAAUACGUGCAAAUGAAUCCCGGCUGGAAGAAGCAGAUCAGUUGUACAGACAGGCGAUAAGCAUGAGACCAGAUUUCAAACAAGCUUAUAUAAGCAGGGGAGAACUACUGUUAAAAAUGAACAAACCACUAGAAGCCAAAGAGGCCUACGUUAAAGCUUUAGAGCUGGAUAGGAUGAAUGCAGACUUGUGGUACAACCUUGCAAUUGUUUACAUUGAAUUGAAAGAUCCAUCAGAGGCCUUGAGGAACUUUAACCAAGCUCUGGAGUUAAGUCCCCGGCACAAGCUUGCCCUUUUCAACUCUGCUUUGCUUAUGCAGGAGUCAGGCAGUGCAAGACUUCGUCCUGAGGCUAAAAGAAGACUUCUAACCUAUGUCGAAGAAGAGCCCCAUGAUGCAAAUGGCUACUUUAAUUUGGGAAUGCUUGCAAUGGAUGAAAAAAAAGAUACUGAAGCAGAAGUAUGGAUGAAGAAAGCAAUACAGUUACACCAGGGCUUCAGAAGUGCUCUCUUCAAUCUUGCCCUGCUUUACUCCCAGACAUCAAGGGAACUGGAGGCACUUCCAGUGCUAGAUGAGCUCCUGCGCUUCUAUCCAGACCACACCAAGGGACUGAUCCUAAAAGGUGACAUUCUUAUGAACCAAAAGAAGGACAUUAAAGGAGCCAAAAAAUGCUUUGAAAAAAUAGUAGAGAUGGAUCCUAAUAAUGUUCAAGGAAAGCACAAUCUUUGUGUGGUUUAUUUUGAAGAAAGAGAUUUAAUAAAAGCUGAAAAGUGCCUUGUAGAAACAUUGGCUUUAGCACCACACGAGGAGUAUAUUCAACGCCAUUUAAGUAUUGUCCGUGGGAAAAUAAUGGCCCUAAAUACUGCUGGGCUGUCUGUUCCUCCAAAAGAGGGUGCUCUGACAUUUCCAGAACAAGAAAAAAAACAAGCCGAGGAAAAGGGUAGUAAAAAAAAAACUCCUAUCAAAAAACUAGAAGAUGAAAAAAAUGUACCAAAAGCAAAUUCUCCAUCAAGAAGCAAAACCAGGCAUGUGAAAUCAAAACCCCAACACGAAAAAAAUAUUGACAAAGAAGGACAACAAAAGUCUACAAAAGAAAUCAAAGAAAUUGAAAACAAAAGAGUAGCUGCUUUGAAGAGAUUAGAGGAGAUUGAACGUAUAUUAAGCGGAGAAUAACUUGUGCAAGACCAUUCAAACUUAAUGGACUGGGGAGUUUAGGCACUUUUAAGAUAUGGACAUGAGGGGACUGUGUACAUCUGGAUUUUAUACAUGAAAAUAAAUUGAGCGAAGCAAAGUAACUGCUUUGCUAUGCCUACUCUGUAAAGA